GCGGCGCGCAGCGCAGCUCCGAGGGCGCAUGGGCGAAGCAGCGGGGCUAGGAGGGAGGCGAGGCAGCUGUGGAGCCGCUCUGCAGGGGCCGGGCGGAGGCAGGCAGCGCAGCCCGGGCCGCGGGGCCCGCACCCGCAGGACUGUCUCUGAAUUGCAGUCCAGAAAGAAGAAAUAAUCGUGUUGAUUGAAGUUGAACAUUGUCUCAGAUUAAGAACAAAGCCAUGCCAGUGCUUUCAGAAGACUCAGGAUUGCAUGAAACUUUGGCCCUUUUGACAUCUCAGCUGAGACCUGAUUCAAAUCAUAAAGAAGAAAUGGGAUUCCUUAGGGAUGUGUUCAGUGAAAAGAGUCUCAGCUACCUGAUGAAGAUUCAUGAAAAGCUCCGUCAUUAUGAAAGACAGAGUCCAACUCCUGUUUUGCACAGUGCUGCAGGACUGGUUGAAGAUGUAAUAGAAGAAUUGCAGACUGCACCAGUGAAUAAUGAAGAAAAAGAGCUACUUCAGCUGUUGUCAACACCACAUCUCAGGGCCAUGCUUGUAGUACAUGACACUGUAGCACAGAAGAACUUUGACCCAGUCCUUCCGCCUCUACCCGAUAACUUUGAUGAUGAUUUUGAUGAGGAAUCAGUGAAAAUUGUUCGGCUAGUGAAAAAUAAAGAACCGUUGGGAGCUACCAUCAGAAGAGAUGAGCAUACAGGAGCUGUGAUUGUGGCAAGGAUCAUGAGAGGUGGUGCAGCCGAUCGCAGUGGUCUUGUCCAUGUUGGAGAUGAACUAAGAGAAGUCAAUGGGAUUACUGUGCUUCACAAACGACCGGAAGAAAUAAGUCAGAUUUUGGCUCAGUCUCAGGGAUCAAUAACGUUAAAAAUAAUCCCAGCCAUCAAGGAAGAAGAUCGUCUAAAAGACAGCAAGGUGUUUAUGAGGGCGCUUUUCUGCUAUAAUCCCAAAGAAGACAGAGCCAUUCCUUGCCAGGAGGCUGGGCUGCCAUUUAAGAAACGCCACGUCCUAGAAGUUGUAAGCCAAGAUGAUCCCACGUGGUGGCAAGCAAAGCGUGUUGGAGAUACCAACCUCAGAGCUGGCUUGAUCCCCUCAAAACAGUUCCAAGAAAGACGAUUGAGUUACCGAAGAACAAUGGGCACUCUGCAGAAUCCCAGAACUCUGAAGAAGCCAUUAUAUGAUCAGUCUUCUGAUAAAGAAGACUGUGACUGCGAAGGAUAUUUCAACGGACAGUACAUAGCUGGCUUACGCAGGAGCUUUAGAUUGAGUCGUAAAGAGAAGGAAAACAAUCUGAAUGAAGGAAAGCAGGCAGAGCAGGCAGAUGCAGCAGAGUUCCUAACGUAUGAAGAAGUCACAAAAUACCAGCAGCAGCCUGGUGAACAGCAGAGGCUGGUGGUUUUGAUUGGUUGUUUGGGGGCCAAAUUAAGUGAGCUCAAGCAGAAGGUUGUGUCAGAGAACCCACAGGAGUAUGGGGUUGCAGUUCCACAUACAACCAGGUCAAAGAAAAGUCACGAGAGAGAGGGAGUCGAGUACAAUUUUGUUUCUAAGCAAUCAUUUGAGACAGACGUGCAGCAAAACAAAUUUGUGGAACAUGGAGAAUACAAAGAAAAUCUGUAUGGUACAAGUCUGGAGGCAAUCCGGUCUGUGAUGGCAAAAAAGAAGGUUUGUUUGGUGGAUGUGGUACCUGAAGCACUAAAGCACUUGAGGACUCCUGAAUUUAAGCCGUAUGUUAUCUUUGUGAAGCCUCUCAUUCCAGAAAAGAAAAAACAUGUCCUAAAAUCUCCUGUGUCAGAAGAAAUCUCAGCCCCCCUUCAGGAUGAAGAACAGCAGGAAAUUCUUAAUUCAGCAGCGUUCAUUGAAGAGCAGUAUGGCCAUCUAAUUGACACUACCCUGGUGAAAGAAGAUCUCCAGAGUGCAUGUAAUCAGCUGAAAACUGUGUUAGAGAAACUAAACAAGGAUUCAUUUUGGGUGCCUGUCAGCUGGGUUAGGUCAUAGCUCGUUAUCAUCUAUUUAAGGGAAAGAUUGUAUAAAACUGUCUUGUAAAUAUAUGGAUUAGAAAAGGGAAGUAUGUCAAAUUAACUUUGAAACUGCUGGUCUUUCUAGAUGGUAAUAAAUAAAGACUGGGAAAAACUAAAGCAAGUCGGAAGCUGACACUGCCUUUCUGAAUCCAAACCUUGAGAAUUCACAUAAAAGUGAAUUCUCAGAUGAAACAGAUUGGUGAAAAAUGAGAGUGAAUUUUAGACUGUAAAUAAUGCAUUUUGUACAGUGAAGGUUCAGAGAGUGUCCCAUGCUUCCAAAGCCCUUAAAGCAGUGCUGGGACACUAACGAGCUGGAAUUUUCAUCCCUUGGCCACAAAUUUUGUGGCUAGACUUAAGGCAUCUGCGCAAGGUUCAGGAACCAGUAGCAACAACUAGAACAAGCUACUUCAGCCAGGUGGGAGGGAUGGCCUGUGGACAGUGCUUACCCCCAGGCCAACAAAAUGUUUCCCUUCACUCAAGAUCAUUAGUUGCAAAUCCAUUCCAAUUAGGCACUAAAACUGAGCCAUCUGUGUAAGUUAUAGGUAUUUCAGAGGUGGAGAGAGUUUUUUGCACUGGUAUGAGGAUGCGGAUGCUCAUCUAUGGAUUGUGCCCACUUUCCCGAUCUUUUCCUACUGACACAGGCCAGAUGUUAAGCAACCUGCACAAAUACCCGUGCGAUAGGGCAGGUCAUAAACCAGAGGCAUCUUUCAGUUCACAUGAGAAUAAUUGCAUAUGAUUUUAAAUGGGACUUUUGGGAAGCUGAUUUUUUUACCAGACAUCUUUGCAAAUGCCACCUGAUGGGAUACCACCCUCACAGCAACAAAGCAGCUCCAAAAGGGUGCUAAAAGGAGGAGGCUGAAGUACUAAGUAGCUGAGCUACAGCUCCAAAUCAUCAUCUUUCCUGCAUUUAUGACUUUGUUCCAAAUCAAGUAAAAGCUGCCAGAUUGGCUACAUCAAGUCCUGAAGAAGACAACUUAAUUAUUAGAAGGCUUUGUUUUGCCUUGAUUGUUUGAAGGCUUCAGGAGACUUGAAUACGCAGGGUUUUUAGAUGGGAGUUAAUAAGAAAAUACAGAGAGAUGAUGCUGGAAAUGCCUAUGUUUUGUAAUUUGAUAAAAAUGGUGAGUACUGUAGAGGUGCAUGUUAGCUGAAACUCAUUCCUGUCUGCCGUUGCCUGCAGAGGUCUGAUCUUCCCUGUGUACGGUGCCCUGUAAACAAGACCUUUUGGUGCACCAGUCUCAUCCCUUGCAUCUUUCCAGUAUGGUGUUAUUCUUGUUCCUCUUCAUUU